GACAUUUCUAAGUUGCGCGUGUUAAGGAUAAAUGUGGCUCGCGAGCCUCCACAUAGUUAAAGCAACAGCUUUACACUGGAGUUUCCAUUCGUUCAUUGGUAGCUCCAGCCGGUGAAAAUGAACUGGGUCGGGGGUUCAAGGAACCGGUUCGUGAUGAAGAACGAUGCAAAAAGGCAGAGGGAGUUCUUUGAGAAGAGGAAAAUGCAGCAGAGAUUGAAAAGCCUGGGAAUCGCUCUGCCAGCAUCCCCUCGAGGCACUAGCUCUGGUAGUUUGGACCUGAUGACUUUGUUCAUCGUCAACCAAAUUGCUGCUAAGAAAGAAAAUAAAGGUCCUCCUAAAGUAGCCGUUCUUGGCAGCUGCAGAGGAGGAUCGAAGCAUAAGAGAAAUGAGCCCCUGGUACUCCCAAUGAGCCCUGGUUCUCCAUCACAGCUGAGCCUCACUGAGAGCCAAUCAGAGUACAGUGUUCAAGGAACAAGAAAGAAAAAGCACGUUAUCCCACAAGGGUUCAGGUGUCAGCAGCUGUCACCAGUGCUGGAGUCGGCUUUCUCAGACAACAGCGCAUCUGACUACCUGCCACCCAUAACCAACCCCCUCAGUCCCAUCUCCUCCACCUCAUCAGCUUCCUCAGGCCAAGGUGGUGUAGCAAAGAAAUUUAUAGAACAAACUCUCAUGAAUUAAUGUACACACUGGUAACUGUGAUUUUUCUUACUCUGCAUGAGCAUAUUUUGUACACAAUCAAGUGAAUUUAGGCCAAAUCAAAGUGGUCUCCUCAGGAAUGUUCCCCCAGCAGCUGAGUCUCCAGCAGAGAAGCCAGAUGCAGGCUCAGCUACCUCCUCACUGCUUCCCUCCACCCUGGGACACCUCAGGGCUGGAGCAGACCAAGUUUCAGCUUUUCUCCCAGCCUGGAGGUAUGGUGGGCUGCAUCCCCUGGUCCUGUGGAUCAAACCCACCCCUCUACCAACUGGAGAGACCCACAGAAGCCCGAGUCCUGUUUGGAAGUCCAGAGCCAGAUAACACAGAGACCAGGGACCAUGCAAGACAUGAGGUCACCUCUCUCAACCAACCAGAGGACAGGGAGCCCAUGUUGGACUUCACUCUCAACCAGACAGAAACUGAGCAGCAGGUUGAGGAAGACGUCUUUCGGGGCUUCAGUACUGAAGAAUACGACAGAGAAGCUUCGUAUUUUGGGAAAGGAAAAUCAAAGAUAUAUCUCAAAGAUGAAACACCAGCCAAACCUUCUACACCACAAACUGUCCCUGACUCACAGUGCAUGAGAGUGGAGUUCUCCAGCUGCACCGACAUGAACCUUUCAUGUCUUGAACACAACAGCAGCCCCAUGAAUGGCUGUGACAGUUCGCCAAGUUACUCCUGUAGCAGAGGUUACCUCAGUUCAGACUCAGAUGAUGAAGAACAAUGCUGCCAGCCAAGUCUCCAGGCUGCCUCUUCAUAUAUAGACCAAGCCUGUUGUGAUAGCCUAAACUCAAAUAUGGGCUACCAGGGGAAUCAAAAACAACGGCACAGGCUUCUCACCCCGCUCCUAAAACCCAGAAAGAGCUUCAGAGAUGAUCAGACAGUUAUGGAGAACCUGGCUCGCCCUGAUAACGCUGUAGAAAGUAACAGCCAGCAGACAGGAAGCCACACAGCUCAGUUUGAUUCUCCUCAGGCUCUGGCUCAAACUCGGAGCUCAGAGCCGUGCAGAUGCAAGAAAACAUCCAGUGAAAGUCGAGAUGCGGAAACUCAAACUUCCGGCAGCCCCACAGCUGAGACGUGCGACGCGUCGACUCAGUGCAGCUCUGUUGCAGACGGCGUAAACACUUGGUUUAACUUGCGCCCACCACCUGUUGAUGUGUCAGUACAGCAGCCAGCCACAGGGAGGCAGACAGAUACUGCUGCAGAGCCAAACACACACACACCUCCACCAGGCAGCAGGCAUACGCCCUGGAGCCAGAGGAAAUCCAGGGCUGCUUCCUUAUCAGGCAGCAGCGCUGUAAACAAAUUCACUGCUGGUAACAGUGAUGGCAAAGUGAACCUACAGAGACCCAUGAACCCCUGCCUAGACGCUCUGAGCAUGACUGAUGGCAGAGAGGGUCGAGAUGAAAGAGGGCGACGAGAAAAUGGCCGGCUGAUGAAAAACCUCUCCAGUGAGGUCAAGGAGGAGGUCACAUCUGCCACCAGAGUUAACAGCUGCUCAGAAGAGGCUGAAACACUUCUGGAGAUCGCCGACAUUUUGCUCCUGCUCAAGCAGAGGAAGGAGGAGGGCUGGUAAGGAAUUCAGGCAUGUGGACGAAGGCAGCGGGAAAUGACACAACAUGCUUGUUCUGUGCACGUUUUAAUUCAAAGCAUUAUUCAGUCGUUUGUUUUAAGCUUAUAAACAACAUAAAAUAUGCAGUGUGUGUUGAAGUGUUAUGAUAAAGAGUGAAAUAAAGCCCCAAAGCAUUACUCUGA